AUGAGUUACCGGCAGGUUUCCCCCGAACUGCAGGCCAUAGCACAGAAGAAUCUGAACGAGGACCCCAAGAGAAGAGACGAAGACAUCAAGCACAUCAAGGAGUGGCUCAAGAAACAGCCCCACCUCAACGCUCGCGAUGACGACCAGUGGAUCCUGACGUUCCUGCGCGGCUGCAAGUUCUCGCUGGAGAAGACCAAGCAGAAGCUGGACAUGUACUACACGAUGCGCUCGGCACUGCCGGAGAUAUUCACGAACAGGGACCCCUUCGCGCCGAUCGCCCAGAAGUAUCUCAACUCUGCGGUCGUAGUGCAGCUACCAGAACGAGACGCAGAAGGCAGACGCGUGACUGUGAUUCGCAUGGGAAAGCUGGCGCCGGGCACCCUGCCGCCAGAGGAGACGUCCAAAGUGGACUUCAUGAGCUCCGACGCCACCUUGUGGGAGGACGACCCGACGGUCAUCUGCGGCGAGGUGCUCAUCCACGACAUGCAGGGAGCCACCUUGGGACACUUCACCGCCAUGUCGCCUUGGCUGUUGCGCCGCAUGACGACGUGCUACCAGGAAGCAUAUCCGCUACGACCUAAGGCCUUCCACGCUAUCAACAGCCAUCCAGGUGUCGAGAAAAUAUUCUCAUUUUUCGAGAGUUUUCUUAAAGAGAAGAUGAAGAAAAGGAUCUUCAUACAUUCCAAUCUGGAGUCCCUUUAUAAGCACGUCCCCAAGAAAAUCUUACCAGAAGAGUACGGAGGAGAAGCUGGGCCUAUAGAAAAAUUGGAAAAUGCGUGGAAAGAGCGCAUUGAGAGGAAUGCGGCGUUCUUCAAGGAGGACGAGAAGUACGGUGUGGACGAGUCGAAGAGGCCCGGAAAACCAAAGACGCACACCGACCUGUUCGGCGUGGAGGGUUCCUUCCGGCAGCUCUCCGUGGACUGA